AUGGAGUCUCCAAACGAACAUGCCAUGCUUUUAGAUACCAUAAGAUCCACCUCAUUUAAUGCAUUCCAAUGCAUACAUAAUUUGAAGAACUACCGCGACCAUAUAGGUAUACAGUAUGAGCUUGUGCGGAAGCUUCGCACAUAUAGCUACGACGAAUUAGAGUUUUUCAUACCACAACUAGUUCAAUUGCUAGUUGCAUUUGAAACCAACUCAAUGGCUCUUGAGGAAUUCUUGCUCGAUUACAGUUCCAGAUUUCCACAUUUUAGCUUGAUUGUAUUUUGGCAUCUACAGGCGUACGUGUUUGAAUUGAGAAAUGACCCUGAAUCAUAUUCUUUUCAAACUGUGCGAAACAUCAUCAGUAAAUUGCAAAAUAUAAUGUUUAAUGCUGAAAGUCCUCAUAUGAAGCAGAGUGAAUUUCGAGAGAAUAUUCAGCCAGCUUUGGUAUUGUGUGGUGCUAUUGCAGCAUCAGUUGCGGCACCUCGAUUCAACGAUUAUGCGUCAGCAUUGGUAAAGUCGCAAGGAAAACAGCAGCGAUCAUUUGUGUUCAAGUUGGCAAACUUUCAGAAGUCUUUAACAAGAAAUCUAACAAUGAAAAACACAAGGAUUUCCUCGGAUUUGAACCCUGUGUCCCACUCGGAUGAUGAACGACCUGUGUCCGCGAAUAAGAGCCCGCUGCAUCAUCGCUCCGCUUCUCUUCCGCGUAUAGUGACCAAGAAAAACAGCAUAUCAUUGCUGUCUGACGAAUCAGAAAUGCUUACAGAUGAUGAUGGAGAUCGCAAAAUAAGUAUUGAAUUAGAAAAAGAAUUAUUAAAACUUGAAAUGACCAAUACCAAAACAUCUCCUAUGAAAUAUUCUUCCGUUGAAGAAAAUUUGAGAAUUAAUACCAUUAUAAAAUCAAAGAAGAGAAAUAUUGCACUGCCAAUAACUGAAGGUAGAUCCAAAUUCACUUCCCAUGUUUUGAAUUCUGGAGAGGUGUACAAUAUGAACUCUCAUUCAUUGCCUAACUUGUCAACAAUGUCAGAAAGCGGCAGCGGACCGUACUUAUCACUUGCAGAGUCCGAAUCCACACUUUUGAUUUCUCCAAAUCUGUCUGAGCAAAGGCUAACAGAGAGCAUACAUAUUCCUAAGUCAAGUUCCGUUCCUACAUAUAAUCAACUAUUGAAAGUUCUCCAAGUAAAUUAUACUAAGAAAGAAACCCAGUUCAUUAUGGCUUUACAAAAUAUAUCCAUCAGACUCUCACAAGUUCCAAAAGAGGCCAGAUUAUCUGCAUUGCGAGCAGAAUUGUCUAUUAUCAAUGACACGCUUCUUCCUUCCGAAAUAGACAUUCCACAAUUGCUUCCUUUCACUAGCAAUAAGAAUAAGAAAUAUCAUAAAAUACUCAAGCUAAGCAUCAAUGAAGCCUGUGUUUUGAAUUCAGCUGAAAGAGUUCCAUUUUUGCUUCUUAUCGAGUUUUUAAGCGAUGAAAUUGACUUUAAUCCAUUUACUGAGUAUAACGAAAAGAUAAUUGCAAAGAGGGCAGGUGGAAUCCAAGUUGAAUCAAAAGUUGGAGACUUUCUGAGAUCAUCUGCUAAUUCAGAAACCGAGGUCCAUGGCUCCGCAUUGAAAGAUAUUGAUAUUCCAGUCCGGGUUCUUACCCCUGAUCACGAAGAAGCCGAUUUGGGAGACUUGCCCAUGUCAAUGAAACGUUCUGGAAGUUCUAGAGCAGGAGUCACUAGUGACGGCGUAAAAAAUAACAAUCCGAAGAUUUUAUCACCUAAUCCAAUCAAUACCUCCGAAAUGUCUACCAAAGUAUUAGCAGAUCAAAUGAGGAUAGCAUCUGUAAUGUUACAACAAUUGGAAAGUGCAGGAAAAGCAAACUCCGACCAAUCACUUGCAAUCAAGGCGAGGAUCGUUGAGUCUAUGAUUGCCCUUCAAGAUCAGUUUGAAUAUAUCAAUUAUGAACAGUUCAACCAAUUACAAGGUGAUGUUCCAAGUGCAGGACAACGAAAACUAGAAAAUGACUUCAAGUUAGCAGAAGACUGGAAUGUCAAAAAGGAGAGAAUUAGAAGUUCUAGUGCCUACGGACACUUAGAGAAUUGGGAUAUCUGUUCGGUAAUCGCCAAAAAUGGUGACGACCUCCCUCAGGAAGCAUUUGCUUGUCAAUUGAUCACUAUGAUUUCAAACAUCUGGAAAGCUGAUGGCAUCAGUGCCUGGACUAAACGAAUGAAAAUUUUAAUAACUAGUGCAAAUACAGGUUUGGUUGAGACUAUCACAAAUGCUAUGUCCAUCCAUUCGAUCAAGAAAUCACUAACUGAAAUCUCUGUAAAAAAUGGCGAAAAUUCAAAAGGAAGAAUCAUCACUCUAUUAGAUUACUACGAAAGAUUAUUUGGGAAGCAUGACUCACCCAAGUUCAAACAAGCACAGGAUAACUUUGCAAGCAGCUUGGCUGCUUAUUCUAUUAUAUGCUAUAUUUUACAAAUUAAAGACAGACAUAAUGGAAAUAUCAUGGUCGACAAUGAAGGACACAUAAUUCAUAUAGAUUUUGGAUUUCUACUUUCAAAUUCUCCAGGAAGUGUUGGAUUUGAAGCUGCUCCCUUCAAACUCACUUCAGAAUAUGUCGACUUACUCGGUGGUUUGGAUAGCCCAGCUUAUGCUAAAUUUGUGAUGUUAUGCAAGGAGUGUUUUAACUCCUUACGUGAAAAUAGUGAUCAAAUUAUAGAUAUUGUUGAAUUAAUGCAAAAAGACUCAAGCUUACCAUGUUUCAACAAUGGGGACAACACCAGUGUAUUACUUAAGCAGAGAUUACAACUACAACUAUCAAGAGAUGAAGCAGACGAGUACGUGGAUGCUAUGUUAAUAGGAAAAAGUCUUGGAAGCAUGUACACGCGCUUGUAUGACCAGUUUCAGAUGAUUACACAGGGUAUUUAUAGUUAG